AUGUCAUCGUCAGAAAUAAACGACGACGACGACGACAAGAAGAGGAAGGAUUUGAAGACGACGACGGAAAAGAAAGCCUCUCACUUCUCUCGCUCGUUCUCCGAUUCCGUCCGGCAUUCCUCCGAGCAAAAGCGCAAACAAAACUCCAAUUUGUUCUUGAUAAACCUGCUCAGGUUUCGCGGAUUCGGAGGCGAAGACACGGGAUUAGGAGGAUUAAACGAAGAAAAAAGCGUUCGAGACGUCCGAAAAUUCGUCCACCGAGGGAACAAAGUCGGCACCGUCGUCGACCACGCGCGAGAACGCGUGGUGAAUACAGUCGGGAGAGUGCUCGAAGUUGGAGUGAGAGAGAGUUUAAUUGAAGGAGGAGAGAAAAUACGCUUCGAGAGGAAAGAGUUGGCGAGAAGACGCAAAUCAUCAUCGUCAUCUUCUUCUUCAUCUUCGUCGUCUUCUCCUUCUUUUAAAGAGGAAGAGAAAAACGUCGUCUUGCCGGCGUUUUCGUUCAUCGCGCACGAAGCGAAAGAGUUUCGGCGGCUUCGCGCGGCGUUUGGGUUGAGCGAGGAGGAGUAUUUGAAUUCGUUUAAAGGUUUGGACGGCGUCGACGACUUGGAGGACGAGAAGACGAGUUUGAGAGUGAUUGGGAGAGCAGAUGCGGGCGGGAGGUCUGGGGCGUGGUUUUUUUGCACGGAAGAUGCGAGAUUUCUGUUGAAGACGACGACAACAAAGGAGAAGAACGUUUUGUUGAAACGUUUGAGGAAGUAUACGGAACACGUGGAGAAGCACGGGAGGAACACGUUUUUGCCGCAAAUUUACGGGUGUUACUCGAUUAAAAUCGGGAAAGGGAGAGGCACGUACAAGACAUUCUUGGUCAUCGGGUACUGGUUCGCGACGCAAGUGAAGGUCGGAAGUCCUAGGUACGAUUUGAAAGGAAGCCGGUGUAAACGGACGGCGAAAGAAGAUCCGACGAAAGAAGUGGAGUUGUUGAAAGAUAACAAUUUCGUGGCGCACGAGGAGAGGGAUUGCGUCAGGACGUUGCGGCGCAAAACGAUCUUGGAAAGUUUAAAGAGAGACGCGGAUUUUCUGUCGAGCUUAGGGUUGAUUGAUUAUUCGCUGUUGCUAGGGCACCACAACAUGAGAUCGGAUUCGGAUCUUCCGUCGUUGACUAACGUUUCUAAAAAAAAGACGUUCGUGAAAUCCGCGUCUAUGUUCGGGAGGGUAGAGAAAGGGGAAAAAGACUCGGAGAAACACGUAACAACACGAAUGAAGACAACAACGCCGCGAACGUUACCAUCUCUCUCGAGUAGCGGCAACGAGCCGGCUUUAGUUGGAGACGAACAAAGAGUCAAUCAGCUGCGAUUCGCGAGAACGCCAACGGGGGUAGCUUUCUUCGGCAUCGUCGACGUGCUCGCCGAAUGGACGACGUUCAAAUGGUUCGAGUGGUUUUUCAAGAGCGCAUUGUUUUGCGGGAAGAGAGACGUGAGUUGUCAACCGCCGAAAAAGUACGCCGAGAGGUUUAAAAAGUUUAUGGAAGAGCACGUCAUCAAGGAAAGAGAAUAA